ACAUUUUGUGAGGAGCCGGCAGAAAUGGCGGGUCUUUUUAUUCAACAUGGGAAGGGAAGAUUAACCAAGCUUCUAUCAUGAUUGGAGGCUUGUUCAUUUACAACCAUAAGGGAGAAGUCCUGAUUUCCCGAGUCUACAGGGAUGACAUUGGACGGAACGCAGUGGAUGCCUUACGCGUCAAUGUUAUCCAUGCAAGGCAGCAAGUGCAUUCACCAGUGACUAACAUCGCACGAACCAGUUUCUUCCACGUGAAACGUUCCAAUAUCUGGCUAGCUGCUGUCACCGAGCAUAAUGUUAAUGCAGCCAUGGUCUUUGAGUUCUUGUAUAAAAUGUGUGAUGUUAUGACUUCGUAUUUUGGAAAGAUCAGUGAGGAAAACAUCAAGAACAACUUUGUCCGUAUUUAUGAGCUGCUGGAUGAAAUCCUGGAUUUUGGCUAUCCACAGAAUUCUGAGACUGGGGCACUGAAAACUUUCAUUACUCAACAAGGAAUCAAAGCCAGCCAGACCAAGGAAGAACAGUCACAGAUCACUAGCCAGGUAACUGGACAGAUUGGAUGGAGACGUGAAGGAAUCAUGUAUCAGCGAAAUGAGAUAUUCUUGGAUGUUUUGGAGAGUGUCAACCUGCUAAUGUCACCACAAGGUCUGGUUCUAAGUGCUCAUGUCUCAGGCAGGGUAGUAAUGAAGAGUUACUUGAGUAGAAUGCCAGAAUGCAAGUUUGGGAUGAAUGACAAGAUUGUUAUCGAGAAACAAGGCAAAGGAACUGCUGACGAGAGUGUGAAAAGCGGUAAACAAUCUAUAGCAAUUGAUGACUGCACAUUCCACCAAUGUGUGAGGCUCAGCAAGUUUGAAUCUGAAAGGAGCAUUCGUUUCAUCCCACCAGAUGGAGAAUAUGAACUUAUGAGGUAUCGAACCACUAAAGAUAUCAUCCUGCCAUUCCGUGUGAUCCCAUUGGUCAGAGAAGUAGGUCGCACUAAACUUGAAGUGAAAGUUGUGAUUAAAUCAAACUUUAAACCAUCCAUGCUGGCACAGAAUAUUGAGGUGCGUAUUCCAACCCCACUCAAUACCAGUGGAGUGCAGGUCAUCUGCGUGAAAGGGAAAGCCAAGUACAAGGCCAGUGAAAAUGCAAUUGUUUGGAAGAUUAAAUGAAUGGCAGGAAUGAAGGAAUCUCAGAUCAGUGCUGAGAUCGAGCUUCUACCCACUAAUGACAAAAAGAAAUGGGCUCGUCCACCUAUUUCCAUGAACUUCAAGGCCCCAUUCGCUCCAUCUGGGCUGAAAGUGCGGUACCUUAAAGUGUUUGAACCGAAGCUGAACUACAGCGAUCAUGAUGUGAUAAAAUGGGUUCGGUACAUUGGACGAAGCGGGAUCUAUGAGACCAGAUGCUGAGAGCUGGGUUUACCCAUUAGCCCCAUGUGGCACCCACUGAAACACAUCGGACUCUCUCUUUCUCCUUGUUGGUCACUACAUCGUGCACUUGACAUUGCCUAGGAGAUGGCAAGAGCCUCAUUUAUAGGGAUGUGGUUGCACCACCAACAAUGGAGACGCAGUUGACCCACAAUCCUGCUUAUGUUUCAUUUUGGUUGAUCUUUAUUGUACUCCUCCCAUUGACAACGCCCAGCGUUCAAAGCAGCUC